AUGUCCCUCGCAAGGCUCAGCACAAUGUACAUGGCUCUGAAAAGAGACAGAAACGACAGCUCCUCCUCCUCCUCCGAGAGGCUACCUCUAUCAGACAGCUCAGAAGACUAUCACGAUGAGUCCUUCGACAAAGACCACUUCGACGAUGGCUCCCGCUACGGAGACUAUCCACGCAGGUCUCACUUUCAAUGGAGCAGCCUAUGCUUCCAUCUCAUUCUUGCUUCUAUCUACGGUGCUGCAUUCCUAGCAGCAACAUACCGAUCAACGAGUAGUAUCAGACAUCACGACAGCAAACCGGAGCAUCUUAUAGCGUCCCCGUUAUGGGAAGCAGUAAAAAUAGAGCGAAAAACAAUCAACGCCUCGAUUGAGAGCGAAAAUCCAUUCAAGGGUGCUCCAUCUGAGGAAUUGGACCAUGCCUGGCACCAGCUAUUCAUUAAUUCUAACAUCCGAGUUACUGCUGAAGAUCUGGCGAGAAUUAAUCGCACGUCUGUCCCACUCAAUGAUGAGAAGGGAGGCUAUUAUGCCAUUCCAGAUGUAUAUCACCAGCUCCAUUGCCUGAAAUUCCUCCGCCAAGUAGUCUACCACAGCUACUAUCACAUCGGGAAGCCAACCACCCCUCUUCACAUCGAGCAUUGUAUUGAUAACCUCCGCCAAAACAUCAUGUGCAAGGCCGACAUCGCUCUCCUAACCUUCACAUGGGAUCCCACUGACCGUGCCCCGAAACCCAACUUCGUCGUCGAGCACGAGUGCGCUAACUGGGACAAGGUGGAUAAAUGGGCCGAGGAGCAUCGAUUUGAUAUCUUCGAUGAGACUGCCCUGAUUCAUCCCUCUCUGGGACCUUCGUUCCCGGAGAAAGAGUAUAAGGCCACGGGGAGGAUUCCGGGACAUCCAGACUUUCAUCCGAAUGAAUAUCAUGGGGGUCAUAGUAAGGGGACAUGA